GCGGUAAGGCUUUUGGCCCCCGUGGCCCCACCAGCUAUUACUAUAUGCUUCCCAUGAAAGAGCGCGUGCUCGGCCUCAAGGUGGCGCUGACAAGCAAGCAGAUGCAGGGUGAUCUCCAUAUUGUGGACUCUCUAGAGAUGCCAACCUUCGAUCCUCAGUAUUUGGCAGACCUGGCUCGCUACAGGCAUUGGGGAAGAUCGGUGUUGUUCGUGGAUGU